CCAGCUGGGAGCGGAAGCGACGCCGCGAUGCCUGGCAGCCCGGGAGCUCGAGCGACUCGGUGCCGCCGCGGACUCGGCGUCCGGGAUUGCGGCACGCCCCAGCGCUAGCUCUUUGAAGUCACUCUGAGGAGUUGUUCCAUAUUUCAGAAGAGAACUCCAUGAAGAUGUCUGGCUGUUACUACUCUAAGCUAUCAAAAACUGGAUAUUUGUUGUUUAAUUACUGAAGCAGUCCUAUUCAGUUGCUACCUGAGACCCUGAUCCUAUGAUGGAUCAAAAUUGGUUGCUAUGGGAUCAAGAUUGUCUAUAAUAUGGAGAGAAUGUGUUCAAGACGGUCCAUAUAGAAGAUUUGUUACUUUGCGAAGGUCUCGCUUUUGACUAAUAUGUAAAUGUGACAACUUCAAGUUCACUUACUUGUCUUGAAAUUGAGACACGUCUGCUGCCUUCAUCAGAAAUGUUUUUAUCAUUUUCAAGAAAAAACAUGUCCCAAAAACUGAGUUUAUUGUUGCUGGUGUUUGGAUUCAUUUGGGGAUUGAUGUUGCUACGCUAUACUUUUCAGCAUCCAAGGCAUCAAAGCAGUGCUGAGUUACGUGAACAGAUACUAGACUUAAGUAAAAGAUAUGUCAAAGCACUGGCGGAGGAAAAUAAGAACACAAUGAAUGGUGGUAAUGGCGCCUCAAUGGCAGGAUAUGCUGAUCUCAAAAGAACAAUUGCUGUUCUCUUGGAUGACAUCUUGCAACGUUUGGUGAAACUGGAAAACAAAGUUGACUAUAUUGUUGUGAAUGGCUCAGCAACCAAUACUACUAAUGGAACCAGUGGUAAUCUGGUGCCAGUAACUUCAAGUAAACGUGUAAAUGCAGCAAGUAAUGUAAGAUAGCAGCACACAGUGAUACUGUUUUGCUGCUAAUUAUGUAGAUUCCAUUCAAGAAAAGCUUCUUAUCUUGGGAUAGGGAAAAGCAAUAGUUAACUCUAAAAGAUCUGUAUGCUGUUCUACUCUAGAAUGUGUUGGAUUCACAGUAGUGCUUAUUUAUGUAGAUAAGGUUCUUAAAGCAUAACUUUGAUUUUGAUGGUUUUUUCAAAGCAUUGUUGUACAAUAUCUUCCUUAAAGAUAUUCCGGUGAAAUGAUUGUAAUAAGCCCAAGUAGGUGGUGAGAUAAAUGUCUGAAGUUAAACUACAGUGAAAACAAAAAUAUAGAUUGAUUUCUAAAAUAUAUUUAUUUAAAUAUGAUUCUAACAUAUCUUUUGUAUAGAUGGACAAUACUGUAGCUUUUCUGUGAUCCGCUUUAAACAGAGAUAAUGGAGGAUAAUGUAUUGUUAAACUGAUGUUAUAAAAUGUGUAUACUUAGAGUCCAGUAUUUUGUUACUUACCCACUAAUUGAUGUUAUGUUGAUGAUGGCAUUGGCUAAUAUUUUAAAUUGAAACCCAAAGAAUGUCUUUAUUUGCACUAUAUGUCAAAAUAGCUAGAGAGAAUUUACUGUAUAUUUAAAAAUAGUUAUAAUAUUGAAAAUCAUAGGUAGUGACACUGUCCAGGUGUAUCCUCAUGCCAGAAAUAGGGCAGUUUAGAUGAUCAAACAAGCAUAAUCUAGAAUAUCUUAUAUAGUUAUUUCUUACAGAUAUAUUUAAGUCUAUGUAUUUUGUAACUACAGAUAAAAAGGUUAUUUAAGUUAUCAAAGUCAAUUUUCAGGUGUGUAAAUAUUUAUUUUUAUUCAUGACUUAUUUUGUUUUUUUAAAAAAUAUCUUAGUGUCUUGCAGUGCGUGUAACACCAUCUUGCUAAGAUAACUUGUAAAAGUGGGGAGAGAGAAUUGAAUUAAAAUUAAGAAAGGCCUCUUGACACGCACGAGAUAUAUGUAGUAAAGAUUUUUAUGUUCUUAUGUAUAGGUUUUUGUUUUGAUGCGCAUAUUUGGGAACUAAGGUAAUAUUGCCUUAUAUCCAAGUUAGCCUUAGGAAAGAGAGUUUCAGUGAGUGUGCUGUAUUUCAAAAUGUGUUAUCUGAGUCAUAAAAGUAAGAUAAAAGUGCUGCUCUACCUGUGUGGGGUUUUGUUUUUGUUUUUUUUAACUAUGCAGAAUGCAUUUUUAGGAUUAUGUUGCUUAAAAUACUCAAUGUAGUAGUUUUUGAUUUAAAAAAAAAAAAAACUGAGGAAAAACAGGUGCUGGAUGACAUACUGCCCUAAGUUCUUUUCUAUUUCUCCUUGCUGAUGGUCUGAGGUGGUAUAAAGGAAUACGUAUCUAAAUAAAACUUCAGUUAGCAUCCGACUGAUCUUUAUUUUGUCUGACAUACAGAGUAUAAAUAUGUACUUCUUUUUCAGGAAAGGAAGAAAAUAAAUUUUUAUUUGUAC